CUCCUGCCUCGACCUAAGCUGACGCAAAGAGCCUCCUGUCACUUUUGCCCCUAACAAAAUCUCCAAUACAUAUCACUACCUCGAAACCACCAAAACUACCUACCCAAUCGACCCGAACAAACCGACAAGAUGGAUUUCGGAAACCUCGGAGGAACCUUUGGAAAUGUUGGAAAGCAGCUCUCCAACUUCGGUGCCUCUGUUACCCCCUUUGCGUCGCGCACCUUCCAGUACACCAAGGAGCAGUUCGGCCAGACUGAGGACAAGACCCAGCUCCCUCCCGACUAUAUCGAUCUCGAGAAGCGUGUCGAUGCCCUCAAGCAAGCCCACCAAAAGAUGCUUGCUGUGACCUCGCAAUACUCCAACGAGGCCUACGACUACCCCCCUAAUAUCAAGGAGACCUUCCAGGAUCUUGGUCGCACCGUCAGCGAAAAGGUCACCCUCCUUUCUUCUGCCACCUCUCCCGCUGAGGCUCAGGCCGCCCUCGUUGCUCCUCCCGCUGCCAAGCCUCAGCCAAAGACUUUCAGCCAUGCUGUCGCCCGCGCCAGUCUGUCAAGCAGCCAGCUCCUCCACCAGCACCACACCGGUGCCGGCGAGGACCCUCUUGCGACGGCCCUGGAGAAGUAUGCGCUUGCCAGCGAGCGUGUUGGUGAGGCCCGACUUGCCCAGGAUGCCCAGAUCCAGAGCCGCUUCCUUGCUGGCUGGAACACCACUCUUAACACCAACCUGACUUUCGCCACCCGCGCCCGUAAGAACGUUGAGAACUCUCGUCUCUCUCUGGAUGCCGUCAAGGCUCACGCCAAGGGUACCACUUUCCGCAUUGGUGGUGCUCAAAACGACCAGGCCCAUGAGGAGCCAGAGUUGAGCCCCGAGGCCCAGGAAGAAGUUGAGAAGGCCGAGGACGAGUUCGUUACCCAGACCGAGGAGGCCGUUGGUGUUAUGAAGAACGUUCUCGAUACACCCGAGCCUCUGCGCAACCUUGCCGAGCUUGUCUCUGCUCAAAUUGAGUACCACAAGAAGGCAUACGAGAUUCUCACCGAGCUCGCCCCUGUCAUCGAGGGUCUCCAGUCUGAGCAAGAAGUGCGUCGUGCCGCUGCCUUUUGAUUCGUUAUAGAAAGGGGCUGACAUAUUGUGCUUUAGGCCGCGUACCGAAAGAGCCGAGAGGAAGAUUCUUAAGUUGGCGGCAAUCAGAGGGAUGAUGGCAUGAGAUUCGUUGGAGAUCACGAUAUGGCUAUGCUCAGUCGGGCCUCAGGAGGUCUAUGAUCUGAGCGAACAUGAGCCUGUGUGUUUUCUUUUUUAGUUUUCCUGCGUCAAGGUUACAUGUUAUAUGUCGGACGGUACAAGAUAUUGUCUUGAUCGAGGUAUUGAGAUAUCAAGCAACCCAGGAUUUGAGGGUCUUUUUUAUACUCGUAGAAAGCCUUUGGCUAGGUCCGCAGGACAA